AUGUUCUCUAUUGAUGCGGCAUUGCACGCUUUCCCUCUUCACUAUUUUCGGUAUUUGAGACCGUCAUCGAUAAUUAGACAAAUACGUUCCAUGUCCGUCUGCCUAAGCCGUUUCGAUUGCGAGAUUCUGGACUAUGACAAAUACUGUUUUGCGUUAAAACAUGUAAAUGAAACAUUGGCGCGUCCACUGACGUUUUCUGAGAAGGUUCUUUACAGCCAUUUGUCAGAUCCAAAAGCGAAAGAUAUAGUCCGCGGAUUAAGUUAUUUGAAUCUCUCUCCAGAUCGUGUUGCAAUGCAAGACGCAACGGCACAAAUGGCCAUUCUGCAAUUCAUGUCCAGUGGUAUAUCGCGUGUUGCUGUACCUACCACCAUUCAUUGCGAUCACCUAGUUGUCGCUCGAAGAGGUGGUGACAAGGAUAUUUCCGACGCUGUUGCUUCCAACAAAGAAAUCUACGAUUUCCUCUCCUCCGCCUCUGCCAAGUUCAAUAUCGGAUUUUGGCUUCCAGGUUCUGGUAUUAUCCACCAGAUAAUGUUAGAAAACUACUGCUUCCCUGGAGCCCUCAUAAUUGGAACUGAUAGUCACACACCAAAUGGUGGUGGUCUGGGUGGUUUAUGCGUUGGAGUGGGUGGAUCCGACGCUGUUGACGUGAUGGCAGGUCUGGAUUGGGAGCUAAAGUGUCCCAAGAUCAUUGGAGUCGAGCUGGUCGGCAAGUUGUCGGGUUGGACGUCGCCCAAAGAUGUGAUUCUCAAGGUGGCGGAUAUUCUAACCGUAAAAGGCGGCACUGGAGCUAUUGUUGAGUACUUUGGACCGGGAGUGGAGUCCAUAUCGUGUACAGGCAUGGCGACAAUCUGUAACAUGGGCGCAGAGAUUGGUGCUACGACUUCCGUGUUUCCUUUCAAUGAUAGAAUGGUGGAUUUUUUGAGGGCUACUGGGAGAGGUAAUAUUGCUGACCUAGCAAGCAAGUACAAGAGCAAGUUGCUCUCGCCCGAUAAAGGAUGUGUCUAUGACCGUGUCAUCAAAAUUGAUUUGAAUGAGCUGGAGCCUCAUCUGAACGGACCCUAUACUCCCGAUUUGGCUCAUCCUAUUUCGAGGCUGAAAUCGGACGCUGAAGCAGCGGGUUGGCCAAUGGAGAUCUCGGUGGGCCUAAUAGGCUCCUGCACCAACUCCUCCUAUGAGGAUAUGGCUCGUGCUGCUAGCGUGGCGCGACAAGCGUUGGAUCAUGGUAUCACUAAUGUGGCGACAAAAUUCACUGUAACUCCAGGUAGCGAGCAGAUCCAUGCGACGAUUGAACGAGACGGGUUGGCUGAUACUUUCAGAGGAAUUGGAGGUCUGGUGCUUGCUAACGCCUGUGGACCUUGCAUUGGCCAGUGGGACCGCAAAGACAAGAAACAUGGUGAACCAAACACCAUUGUGACAUCGUACAACCGCAACUUCACUGGUCGAAACGAUGCUAACCCAGCAACCCACGCCUUUGUUGCCUCACCGGAGAUGGUCACUGCCUUGGUGCUGGGUGGAAAUUUGGGCUUCAAUCCUCUAACCGAUGAAUUGAUGGCACCAAAUGGGGAAAAAUUCAAACUGAAACCUCCAGAAGGUGAUACUCUACCCCGCAACGGUUUCCAGCGCGUAGAUCCGCACUUCCAGUGUCCGCCAUCAGAUGGCUCGGGUGUGCAGGUGACGAUUUCACCGACCAGCGAUCGUCUCCAGGUCCUUUCUCCCUUCGCGCGAUGGGACGGCAACGACCUCAUCAAUAUGCCAAUACUCAUUAAGGUGCGCGGCAAAUGCACCACCGACCACAUCUCCGCUGCUGGAGCCUGGCUCAAGUUCCGGGGCCAUCUGGACAAUAUAUCGAAUAAUAUGUUCAUCGGAGCAGUAAACAGCGAGAAUGGAGAGAUGAAUCGAGUUCGUCACUGGCCUAGUGGAGAGUGGGACACGGUACCGGCAGUGGCACGGCGGUACAAGGCUGAAGGAGUGCCCUGGGUCGUGGUAGGCGACGCGAACUACGGUGAGGGCAGUAGUCGAGAGCACGCUGCUCUCGAACCGCGCCAUCUUGGGGGUCGUGCCAUCAUUGUCAAGAGUUUCGCGCGUAUCCAUGAAACAAAUCUAAAAAAGCAGGGCAUGCUUCCACUGACCUUUGUGAAGUCCGAGGACUAUGACAAGAUUCAACCCUCAGACAAGGUUUCUCUGUUGGAUUUGAAAAGUCUCGCUCCUGGAAAGACGGUACGAUGUCGUCUAACUCACGCAGAUGGUUCGGUUGAGGAAAUUGAGCUGGCCCAUACCUUUAAUGCCAAACAAUUGGAGUGGUUCAUAGCUGGUAGCGCCCUCAAUCGCAUGAAAGAAGUUGCGUCCUGUUGUAGUUGA